AGGCUGCAGGCUGCACAGGGUUAACACGCCUCUGUGAGGAGGAGGAGAGGGGAUGUGACGCUGCUGCUAGUACAUAACACCAACACUGUCUGCAUCGACAGGCAACCACUUCUCAUUCACUUUACUCCCAACCAGUAACACUUUUUACAUCUUGGAUCCACGAACCACCAGAACCGGACCAGCUUUUUCUUCGAGCUAGAAGGAAUCGAUUGGUCUUGCAUCGAUUAUUUCUGUUUUUUUAAGCCUGACGUCUGUAGCUUCGCAGCUGGAAAGUUGCUGCUUCUCUUCCUUCGGUCAACGUGGGCAUCAGCUCCAAAAAGCAUGGCGGAUUACCUAAUCAGCGGCGGUACCGGCUACGUCCCUGAAGACGGACUCUCGGCUCAGCAGCUCUUCUCCAUCGGAGACGGCCUCACGUACAACAGAUCUGACCAACAGUGCGUUGUCUCCGAUGGUCAUACGGCUGAAGAGCUAUGCUCUAAAGGAGAUGGGUUGACUUACAAUGACUUCCUGAUAUUGCCCGGCUUCAUCGACUUUACCUCGGACGAAGUGGAUCUGACCUCAGCACUGACCAGGAAGAUCACAUUGAAGACCCCUCUCAUCUCGUCCCCCAUGGACACGGUCACAGAGUCGGCUAUGGCCAUCGCUAUGGCGCUAAUGGGAGGCAUUGGCAUCAUCCACCACAACUGCACACCAGAAUUUCAAGCUAACGAGGUCCGCAAGGUCAAGAGGUUUGAGCAGGGUUUCAUCACAGACCCAGUCGUGAUGAGUCCGCGUCACACGGUCGGAGACGUGUUUGAGGCCAAAGUACGACACGGCUUCUCCGGUAUUCCAGUCACAGAGACGGGGAAGAUGGGCAGCAAGCUGGUGGGCAUCGUCACCUCCAGAGAUAUCGACUUCCUGUCUGAGAAAGACCACGGAAAACCUCUGGAGGAGGCCAUGACGAAGAGGGAUGAGUUGGUGGUUGCUCCAGCUGGCGUGACGCUGAAAGAAGCCAAUGAUAUUCUGCAGCGCAGUAAAAAAGGCAAGCUUCCCAUUGUAAAUAAUAACGACGAGCUGGUGGCCAUUAUUGCCAGGACGGAUCUGAAGAAGAACCGGGACUACCCGCUGGCCUCUAAAGACUCCCGCAAACAGCUGCUGUGCGGCGCCGCCAUCGGCACCAGAGAGGACGACAAAUACAGACUGGACCUGCUGGUGCAGGCUGGGGUGGAUGUUGUUGUGCUGGACUCUUCACAGGGAAACUCGGUGUAUCAAAUCAACAUGAUAAAUUAUAUAAAACAGAAGUAUCAAGAGUUGCAAGUAGUGGGAGGAAAUGUUGUUACAGCAGCUCAGGCCAAGAAUCUGAUCGAUGCCGGUGUCGAUGCUCUGAGAGUCGGGAUGGGCUGCGGCUCCAUCUGCAUCACUCAGGAAGUGAUGGCGUGCGGCCGGCCCCAGGGCACCUCGGUCUAUAAGGUAGCAGAGUACGCCCGGCGCUUCGGCGUGCCCGUCAUCGCUGACGGAGGGAUCCAGACCGUCGGCCACGUGGUGAAGGCUCUGUCGCUGGGAGCGUCGACUGUUAUGAUGGGCUCGUUGCUAGCGGCAACCACCGAGGCUCCAGGAGAGUACUUUUUCUCAGACGGCGUGCGGCUGAAAAAGUACCGAGGUAUGGGAUCCCUGGACGCCAUGGAGAAGAGCACCAGCAGCCAGAAGAGAUAUUUUAGCGAGGGAGACAACGUGAAGGUGGCCCAGGGCGUGUCGGGCUCGGUGCAGGAUAAAGGAUCCAUCCACAAGUUUGUUCCUUACCUGAUCGCUGGUAUCCAGCACGGCUGCCAGGACAUCGGGGCCAAGAGUCUCUCUGUUCUCCGCUCCAUGAUGUACUCUGGAGAGCUAAAGUUUGAAAAGAGGACCAUGUCUGCACAGGUGGAGGGAGGCGUUCAUGGGCUCCACUCUUACGAGAAGAGGCUUUACUGAUCUGGGGGGAUGGAGCGCAGAACAUCGGUGCACGUGACAAACCCAACCUAACAGUGACCAAAUGUUAAAAACCGCCACCUCUGCUUAAAAAAAAAAAAAAACCUGUACCACCCACUACACCCUCUCUGCCCUCUCCUCCGUCAUAUCCACCACUACUCUCUCUCUCUCUCUCUCUGAUCCCGGCUCGUGGCUGCAAGGGGGAGGAAAAAAAGAGGCGUAGUAGCGAAGUGAGAACCAUCAAACUGACACCUCGACUCUUCAACACCUGGGAUUUUGCACUCAAGAAACGGCGCAUCAGGGUUUUGGGGAAUGAUAUAUGACAUCUUGAGUAUGCAGCCGAUCCCAAUUUAGCGUGUUUGUUGAUAGUAGUGAGAGAAUGAAGUGCGAAAUUAAAUGGAUGGAUUAGAGGUUAGUGGUUGUAUGACUGUGUGAUGUAGUUAAAAAUGUGUUUUGGGACAAAAAGUGAAGGAGCACUGUGUUUAUUUGUCCUCUUUAGUAGUAGUGAAUCUAAAUCGACCAUGGUGCGGAUCAUCAGCGUCUUUUAGGGAUCCACUUUUACCAGCACGCUCCCUGAUUGAAGCCUCUCACAUCCCAGCUCUUAAACACACUAGUAUGUGCAGAAAACAGGACAAAACUUGUCUCUCUAUAUGUGCAGUGUGUCGGUGUAUCAUUCUUUCACGUUAAGUCAUCACAGGUAUAUAUAUAUAAAUAUAUAUAAAGCUACUUAAUGAGCAGUAGCUGUUUAUAUUUCAGCGCAUAUUGUUUACUUCCUGUAUUGUGGAUCCCGCGGUACGAGAUAUCCUCCAGUGUCCCCUCUGCAACCUCUAGACAGACAGACCCCUCAGCCCAACCUGGUCUCACAGAAAUCCGUGAAAUAGCCACGGAUUUCGCUGAACUCAAAAUCCGUGGAAUAGCCACGGAAUCGCUCAAAUUUCCGCGAAACUGACACGGAUUUCGCUACAAUGCAAGUCAUAUUUUUCUGGCGAGAUCUUCACCACAAAGUGAUUAUGUACAUUCACUGAGUGAAUAUUUAGAAAAUAAAACAUAUAUUUCUCGCUAGAAAUGUGAUCAAAAUCCAUUUUUAUGCAGAAACUAAGUCAAAAUAUUGAUUUUUUUUUCACUAAAAAUGAGAGUCAACUGUCGGCCAUGUUUUUUGUUCUGACCGCCGGAACCUUAAAGGUCACGUGACUUGGAACAAACCAAUAGGAAAACUUAUUAACUGUCUUUAACUUGCAUUGUAGCGAAAUCCGUGUCAGUUUCACGGAAAUUUGAGUGAUUCCGUGGCUAUUCCACGGGUUUUGAGUUAAGCGAAAUCCGUGGCUAUUUCACGGAUUUCUGUGAGACCAGGUUGCUCAGUCUUUACUACUUUGCUAUGGACACUCAUUUUCCCUUCAACGUCCAUCUUGACAGAUAAUCAGCGUCCCAUCUCAGCGCAUAGUGUUCAUAUGUCAAGCACGGAAGGGACCAAAAACUGAAGAUCAGGUAUGUUUUGAAAGAAAAAAAAUCACCUAAAACGUAUCAAGUCAAUCAAAAAAAUAGUUCGGAAUGACGAGAAGGACUAUUUCUCUGCCCGUAAUUUGAAUACUUUUAGAUAAAACCAACUUUAUAUUAAAAUCUGUAUAGUCUUUGGGGGCUUUGGAAUUGAGCAUGAAGUGUUUUUUGAUAUGCAUGUUUGUUUUUUCA